AGGGCCUGGGGCUCUCAGCCCUGCCCUGGGGAAACAGGAACCAGCCUCCUGGGGAGGGGCAGUUCCCCUUCCUGUGGGGCUGCUGUGACAACCCGGUGACGGGUAGGAUCAGCCUCCCAGCGGCCACGUCCUGUGUGUCUGUCUGUCCUGCCAGGCACCGAGGUCUCAUCUAGCUGCACAGCUGGACCCAGUGGGAAGGGACACCAUGACCCCCACCCUCAUGGCCCUGCUCUGCCUCGGGCUGAGUCUCGGCCAGAGGAUCCGAGUGCGGGCGGGGACCUUCCCCAAACCCACCAUCUGGGCUGAGCCAGGCUCUGUGAUCUCCUGGGGGAGGCCUGUGACCAUCUGGUGUCAGGGGACCCUGGAGGCCGAGGAGUACCAUCUGGAGAGAGAUGGAAGAUCAGCACCCUGGGACAGACAGAACCCACAGGAUCCCAGGAACAAGGCCAAGUUCUCUGUCUCACACAUGACAGAGACAUAUGCAGGGCGGUAUCAGUGCUACUAUCGCAGCCCCACUGACUGGUCAGCACCCAGUGACCCCCUGGAGCUGGUGGUGACAACAGGAUCCUACAGCAAACCCACCGUCUCCGCCCUGCCAAGCCCUGUGGUGACCUCAGGAGGAAACGUGACCCUCCAGUGUGGCUCGUGGAGGGGAUAUGAAGGGUUUCUUCUGUCUGAGGAAGGAGAACACGAGGCCUCCUGGACCCUGGACGCACAGCGACACUCCAGUGGGGAGACCCAGGCCCUGUUCCCCAUGAGCUCCAGCCACAGGGGGACGUUCAGGUGCUUUGGCUACUACAGGAACAGACCCCACGUGUGGUCAGAACCCAGUGACCCCCUGGAGCUCCUGGUCCCAGGUGUGUCCAGGAAGCCGACCCUCCUGGCCCAGCUGGGCCCCAUCGUGGCCUUGGGACAGAGCCUGACCCUCCAGUGUCACUCUGACAUCAGCUACGACAGAUUCGCUCUGUACAAGGAGGGGGCUCAUGACCUAACCCAGCACCUCAGCCGGCAGCCCCAGGGUUGGCUCUCUCCGGCCGACUUCCCCCUGGUCCAUGUGAACAGCACCCAUGGGGGCAGGUACAGAUGCUACGGUGGACACAACCUCUCCUCCGAGUGGUCGGCCCCCAGUGAGCCCCUGGACGUCCUCAUCGCAGGGGAGCUCCCUUCCACACCCUCCCUCUCUGCCCAGCCGGGCUCCAAUGUGUCCUCGGGAGAGAACGUGACCCUGCGCUGUCAAUCACAGAAACAGAUGGACAGUUUUCUUCUGUCCAAGGAGGGGGGAGUCGAUCCCCUGCGUCUUAGAUCCUGGCACCGAGCCCAGAUGUUCCUGGCCGACUUCACUGUGAGCUCCGUGACCUCAGCCCCCGGGGACACCUACAGGUGCUACGGCUCACGCAGCUCCAACCCCUACCUGUUGUCUCAGCCCAGUGCCCCCCUGGAGCUCGUGGUCUCAGGCUCUGCUCUGCAAGAUUACACAGUGGAGAAUCUCAUCCGAUUGGGCAUGGCUGGAUUCGUCCUGGUGGUACUCGGGGUGCUGCUAUUUCAGUCUCGGCAAAGCCAGGGAAGGCCCCAAGACGCAGCCAGGAUGAGGGCAGAGCAGGCAGACAGUGGCUGUGGUCGGGGGAGACCCCAUAUCUGUCUGAAAUGUCUCCAGAGAGCCUGGAGCCCUCAGCCCCACCCUUGGGAAACAAGACCCAACCUCCUGGGGAGGGGCAGUUCCCCUUCCUGUGGGGCUGCUGUGACAACACCCAAACAGGUAGGACCAGCCUCCCAGCGGCCACAUCCUGUGUGUCUGUCUGUCCUGCCGGCACUGAGGUCUCACCCAGCUCAGCUGGACCCAGUGGGAGGAGACACCAUGAUCCCCAACCUCACGGCCCUGCUCUGCCUCGGGCUGAGUUAUGGACAGAGGAUCCAAGUGCAGGCAGGGACCCUCCCCCAACCCACCAUCUGGGCUGAUCCAGGCUCUGUGAUCGCCAGGGGUAGGCCCGUGACCAUCUGGUGUCAGGGGACCCUGGAGGCCGAGGAGUACCGUCUGGAGAGAGAUGGAAGCCCAGCACCCUGGGACAGACAGAACCCCCUGGAGCCCAGGAACAAGGCCAAGUUCUCCAUCCCACGCAUGACAGAGACCUAUGCAGGGCGAUAUCUCUGCUACUGUGGCAGCUCCACUGCCUGGUCAGCACCCAGUGACCCCCUGGAGCUGGUGGUGACAGGAUCCUACAGCAAACCCACCCUCUCAGCCUGGCCAAGCCCUUUGGUGACCGCAGGAAGAAAUGUGACCCUCCAGUGUGGCUCAUGGAGGGGAUUUGGAGGGUUUGUUCUGUCUGAGGAAGGAGAACACAAGGGCUCCUGGACCCUGGACGCACAGCGACACUCCAACAGGCAGUCCCAGGCCCUGUUCCCCAUGAGCUCCAGCCACAGGGGGACGUUCAGGUGCUUUGGCUACUACAGGGACAAACCCAACGUGUGGUCAGAACCCAGUGACCCCCUGGAGCUCCUGGUCCCAGGUGUGUCCAGGAAGCCGUCCCUCCUGGCCCAGCCGGGCCCCAUCGUGGCCUGGGGACAGAACCUGACCCUCCAGUGUCGCUCUGACGUCAGCUAUGACAGAUUCGCUCUGUCUAAGGAGGGGGCUCGUGACCCCACCCAGCGCCUCUUGCAGCAGCCCCAGGGGGGGCUCUCUCAGGCCGACUUCCCCCUGGUCCGUGUGAGCAGCACCCACGGGGGCAGGUACAGAUGCUACGGUGGACACAACCUCUCCUCCGAGUGGUCGGCCCCCAGUGAGCCCCUGGACGUCCUCAUCACAGGGGAGCUCCCUUCCACACCCUUCCUCUCUGCCCAGCCGGGCCCCAAUGUGUCCUCAGGAGAGAAGGUGACCCUGCGCUGUCAGUCGUGGAGCCCGAUGGACAGUUUCCUUCUGUCCAAGGACGGGGGCGCCAAUCCCCCCCUGCAUCUUAGAUCCUGGCACCGAGCCCAGAUGUUCCUGGCCGACUUCACUGUGAGCUCCGUGACCUCAGGCCAUGGGGGCACCUACAGGUGCUACGGCUCACACAGCUCCAACCCCUACCUGUUGUCUCAGCCCAGUGCCCCCCUGGAGCUCGUGGUCUCAGAAGUCCUUGAUGCCAUCAGCCCACCACAACACAAGCCAGACUCUGAGAGUGGCUCUACCCGGCAAGAUUACACAGUGGAGAAUCUCAUCCGAUUGGGCAUGGCUGGAUUCGUCCUGGUGGUACUUGGGGUGCUGCUAUUUCAGUCUCGGCAAAGCCAGGGAAGGCCCCAAGAUGCAGCCAGGACAUAAACACAGGUGGAAACAAAUGCGCCAUUCAGAGUGGGAGAGUCUUGGAAAAUAUCUGAGGUGUCCAGUGGUCCUCGAAGAAAACUAUGUGAACUUUCUGCUGAGAAUCUCACAGGGGAGCAUGCAUCAUUGGGCUACAGGUGCAAUGUCUGACAUGUCCCCAUAGACGACUCUUCCACCAUUAAACCGUGUGCUUUCCCUUUA